UGGACAAUUGCUUUUGCUUUCUUCUUUGUGGAGGCUCUAACAUACGGCAUUAUAAAAUCGUUUGGCGUCUUUUUUAAUGACCUGAUGGAAAGCUUUGACGAAACCAACAGCAGAAUAUCCUGGAUAAUAUCCAUAUGUGUGUUUGUACAGACCUUCACAGCACAUCCUAAAUGCUGCAAGCUGUGCAGUGCUCCAAGGAUGGCUCCAGGGUGAUGUUCUGCUGCGUGAGGCCAGCUGGCAGGGGAGGUGGCGUGUCACGGGGACCUGGGCAGGGGGACAAGAAGAGCCUCUGAAGGAGAUGGUAGCUGGUGAAGUUGCUGACUUUGGGUGUUGACCAUGGCUCUCUUCCUCUCCCACCCAUCCAGCUCCUCUGUCGACGGUCCUCAGCAAUCGCUUUGGUCACCGCUUCGUGGUGAUGGCUGGAGGGGUGCUGAUCAGCACCGGCAUGGUCAUUGCCUCCUUCGCCCGCACUGUCGUGGACAUGUAUGUCACCAUUGGCGUCAUCUCUGGGUGACUUGCCGAGUUGGCCGAAAUGCUACUGUAAUCUCGCCACUGGGAAAGCUGACUUAACGUGUUCUCGCAUCGGUGUUUCCCCCUCCCUUACUUGUUGUUAUGGCAAUUUUUGGCAUUUAUUCACAGGCCUUGGAUACUGCCUCUCUUUCCUCCCGACUGUCACCAUUUUAUCACAGUAUUUUGACAAAAGACGUUCGCUGGUCACAGCAGUGGCAUCUACAGGGGAAUGUUUUGCUGUCUUCUCCUUUGCACCAGCAAUUACUGCUUUGAAGGAGCAGAUUGGCUGGAGAUACAGCCUCCUUUCUGUUGGGGUGCUACAGCUAAGCAUCGUUGUCUGUGGAUCACUGCUGCGACCCAUUAUCAUCAAAGAGCAAGAAGAAGUGAAAGUGCAGCCUCCAGAAGAGCCCACGGAGACAAAGUAUAUGCUUGAAAACGAGCAAACGCGCACCUCAAUAGAGUCCAUAGACUCAGGAGUAGAAAUAACUACCUCACCCAGCAAUGUGCCUGGAAACACCAAAGCAGAGCCGAAAAGUGAUGAACCAAAGGAACACGUACAGAUACUUGUUGAAAAUAACAGCACCCCUCCAGAACCAAAAACAAAACUACUGGACUUCUCUGUGAUGAGAGACUAUAGCUUUAUCUGUUAUGCAUUCUUUGGCCUGUUCGCUACCCUGGGCUUCUUCGCUCCUUCCCUCUACAUCAUUCCCCUGAGUCUCAGCCUUGGCAUCAGCAAAGACCACUCUGCAUACAUACUGUCAGCCAUGGCAAUCGCAGAGGUCUUUGGAAGAAUUUCAGCUGGCUGGGUUCUCAACAAAAAGCCUAUCCGCAAGAUCUACAUCGAACUCAUCUGCGUUGUUCUGCUGUCUGUAGCGCUGUUUGCCUUCCCUUUUGCCUCUGAAUUCUGGGGCUUGAUGACAUGUAGCAUAUUUUUUGGGUUCAUGCUCGGAACGGUAGCAGGCACGCAUAUUCCCCUCCUGGCAGAAGACGACGUGGUUGGCAUUGCAAAAAUGUCUUCUGCGGCUGGAGUCUACGUCUUCAUUCAAAGCUUAGCUGGGUUGGCUGGACCACCCCUUGCAGGUGUCUUAGUGGAUACGACACAGAACUACAGCUCAGCCUUUUACUCCUGUGCUGCUGGCAUGGUCCUGGGGGCUGUGUUUCUGUCCCUGGUGAGACCGUGCAAGGCUGGGCUGUGCCACCGCCAGCAGCAGUGCACAGAGGAGAGCGCGGCGGAGGUCGUACAAGACUUACCAGAUGACUUUAUUGAAAUGGAUAUUGGAAAAGCAGAAAAUUCAGGAAAAGGCUGUGACGGUGUGGCAUAAAAAAAGCUGUUCCUUCUCCAUGUAAUGUACUCGGCGUAAGACUCGGGAAAACAUCAGCUCUGCUCCACGUUUUAAAACUACAUUCUAAAGGGAAUGUGAAAUUUUAAAUGUGAACAGUUGCUACAAACAACUUUUUUUUUUAUUAUUAGAACUUUUUUAACCAACAAUGGAAAGCUCCAUAGAAAAUACAGAUAGCCACAUAAGAAUAACUUCUAUCUAGCAUGAAGAUGUGAUGCACACUCCUGCUUUCCUGAUAACAAGCAUAGGUAAAGGUUCGACUGAUCCCAGAAAAACUGCAAACAGCAACAGCAGAAGCAGCUCAGCCUCUGACUGUCCUCACCCAUCCCCUACCACAAAUUCCAUGCAGACAAGAAACUGAUGAUACGAACUGGAGAUGAGCAUUUUGUACACCACUAGUAGCCAACUGAAUCUUCUUCUGGAAGAAUAUGGACUCAUGUUUUAGACUUGAGGAGGACGCUAGGCUAGAUAGCUGACUUAAACCAUUGCUAAUGUUCUUCUAAUUAACUUGAACGUCACAAAUGCUGGGAAAUUGGAGGCUCCAUAUGUCUUUAUGGCCAGUUAUUACUGCACAUAUUUCAUAAGAUCAUUUUUCUUCUCCCAAUUGGUAUUCUUAGAACUGUUUUCUAUUGAUAGUCAGAUCUGAUGUACUGUUUCUAAUUUAACUAGUAUUUAUUAAUUUAUUCUAAGAUUGUUAAAGGAGGUUAGCUUAAAUAACUGGAGAGGAAAAAUAAUCUUUUGCAUAAUGCAAAGCUGUCUUUACAUCAAUCUCUUCAAUACCUAUCUUGUAUUGCUAGCUUGUGAAAUUGUUGGGAAACUUACUCUUACAGCAUAGAGUGUAGCUGUUUUUAAUAGGUAGGUCUUAGGUAACCCAGUUGUUAUUUAAAAAGGAAAAAAAAAAAAAAAAAACCCUACAGGUCCAGCAUCUCCUUCCAUAAGGGCCUCAGCUGGUGUCAAUGGACCUAGCUCUGCUGCCAUAACCAGCCCACCCUGCAGGGAGGAUUUGGCCCAGUAUGUCUUAAUGUACCCAAAACCUUCACUUACAGGUGCACAAGGAAAUCUUUGCCCCAUCACUGCAUGAACGUGGAAACCCCCGUGUUACCCAGCCCCGCGCAGUCUGCUCCCCGCAUCUGCCAACCACAGGGGCACAGGGUGGCUGGUCUGAGCUGUACCCCCUUCCCCAGCUCUCCCUGCUCCCCCAAAGUCAGCAAGAGGGGGUUUUUUGGGUGGGUUUUUUUUGUUGUUGUUGUUUUUUUUUGCUGCUGACUUUAGUGAGAAAUGAACUGGAGCCUGUGCACAGUGAAGGGAAUGAAAAAAGACAACGUACUAGCUGUUCAUUUAGUCUUAACGGGAGAGAUUCCUACUCACGGUGACACAAGCUUGCUUACCCCACCUAUAUGCAUCUUAACGCCUCUAGGCAACUCAGGGGGACAAAUAAAACAAGUCUGUUUUGGUUUGGAAAAAAGCCAAACCAACAUUUCUGUGUAUUUAAGUGGAAGUGGCAUCAUACAUUAACUGCUAUGCUGACCUGUCUGUAUUUUACCAGCCAUAGAAAUGUGGGACAAUCUGCAAAAAAACAAAAAACAAACAAACAAAAAAAAACCAACCACAAAACAAACACACCUCUUUUUGGGAAGGUGCUUGAUUUGUUUUUUCUGUCUUAGUUGUCCAAAAAAAAAAAAAAUAGAAAGAAAGGAAACAGGCACUCUUGCAACCAAGUGGCUAGAGCAAUUCAUCCUCACUGCCCGAGACCUGUGGUCUCGUGUCCUUCCUCUGCCUCAGCACUUUAUCACGGCCAGCAGAACCUCGCUGUGUUGCACCCAGGACUGGAAGACCCCUUACAGAGAACUAGAGUUUUGUGAAUCGGUGAGUAAAUGAACAAAUAACGAUGUUGCAUUAAGAUGUACUUUUUAUUUAUUGUUAAUUUAUGAUACUUCAAGCAUUUUGGUAAAUGUUCUGUAGACUAUAAUUGUAAGAUUAUUGAAGUCUCUGUGAUACGAGACCUCACUACAGCACUUUGCUAUUACAACUCUGCUUGGAAGUGGAAUAAGGCCUCCAGGUUUUGCGUGUGUGUGGAAGCUCCCUGUUCUGCAGAUUUGCGAGGUUCUACUGUAAUUUUUUUUUUUUUUUUUUUUUACAACGAUUUCCAAUACAGAUCAAAUAAUAUGUUUGUCACUGACCUCACAGUACAUUUCUGUUCCUGUCUGUGUCGCGGCACGAGCAGGGGAGCGAGUGAGUAUGUGUGUGUGCGGGCGCAGAAGACCCAGAAGCAGGCUUUAAUGUGUUCAAAGCAGGAUUUACUGAUUUGUUUGUAAUGUACCUAGUGGACUCUGGAAAUACUCUAAAACACUGAGUUUUGCAAUAAACUUUUUCUUUUUUUU